AUGAGGACCAGGCAACUCCCGGAAUUUCUUUCAUUUCUCGAUGAAUAUCCGUUGACGAAAAAGUAUAGCAAGCGCGAGUUAGGUCCACUUGUUCUUCUGGUAUCUAUAUUGAUCCUCACCGGAUUGUGCAUUUUCAAUGUGCUUACACAAGGAAAAGCAGAGAGAAACGAAGCAUUUCUCUCCACGCGUUAUUUGGAUAACUCGACAAAUGGAAGAGUGGAUUAUGUUACCUGUCAGCCGGCUCUGCUGAAAGUUGAUGAUAGCUUUUUCAUGGUUGUUCCCCCCGACGAAAACGGAACCCAAGCAGCUUCAGUCGAAGAUCUGCAAAUUGCUGCUCACUCAAAUAUGUCAUUCAAAUGGAACCUGGUUGAUAUUGGAGACCAACCCGAAACAGGAUCAAGGAAGGUGGCGACAGGCUUCCUCUAUAGGGGAGAAAGAACCAACUGCUCGGUCAAUUUUGUCAAGUCAACCUAUCAAUUCCAGGAUACCAACUACCAAUACAUUGUUUGUGGAACUUGUCUAUUUGGUGAUACGCUGAAGGCAAAGCUUUGUAAUUCGUUAAACGCGGCCUCUGAUGAUCUACUCCGGGGAUCGUCUGGUCGCUUUUGGACGAGCUCAGCACAUGUCUAUCGUUCAUUUGAUGGCCUUGAUCCAAGAUUGUCGAUACCGCUUCAUACCUUGCCGCUAUCAGCAUUCCCUCCGAAUUAUACCGAAGUGCAGGAAGAUUAUUAUAGGAGCUAUAAACCGACGAUUGGCCCGCGGGACAUAACUGAGUUAGGGACGUGGCUUGGAGGUGUGAAAUUGAUCCCAGCAGCUCGAUUGAGUGGAUAUGAUGUGGAGUUCCCUUGGCGGAAUCUUCCCCCACCUCAAGGAAAGAUCUUUGUCGACAAUUUGACGGAGCCAAGUAAUUUCUUUGACGCAUUCAAUACUACCUAUCAUGCCUUAUGCCAGGGACACGAAUGCAGCAAUUUUCGGGUCACAGUCAACGGCAUUGGUGCACUCGGACCGUUUGGAUUUAAAGAUACAAAAUUGUUCCAGAUUCCCGAAGUAUUAUCAGCGAUGUUCAAUCGAUCACUCUCGUAUAAUGUUCGGAUAAUGGAUUUAGCGGCUGAUGAUCUCCAUGGAAAAGAAAUUGGAGCGACUUACUUGUGCACUAAAACUACAAGAAAGUGGCUUCCCCUCCUCAAAAUAAUCUCCGUCACCCUGGGUAGCUCUUCUGGAUUAUUUUCGGGAAUCUUUUCGUAUUUUAUAGUCGCUGUGUACUCGGCGUUUGGAGCGCCAGCCAAUGCGCCAGACUCGCCUUUCCUCCGUGCCGUCGCCGGUCGGGGCCAGGUCGCGGCGAUCCUCUCGAGGCAUGGUGCAUUUUACGUGCCCGACGCCUUGGUCGGUGAAGUUACGCCGAACCUCCAAUUAUUGGUCGACGGAAUGCUCGCGGCCCCCCUGCUCCCCACGAAGAUCGGAAGUCUGUGGUUGGACCGCAGCCCUGCCUGCGAUAUCCGAAACUGGAUUGCCGAGGUGGAAGAAGUAUGUCCCUCCAUCUUCUUUCCUACCGAUGCGUCGCCUUUCUUCCCGGAUUCAAUCAACCUCGAAGCUGUGUUGGCCUCCGACAUGAAUAUCAUGCCCGACGAAGCCCACAAGCGUUUGCGAGGAAUCAUCGCUUCCCUUGUCAACCCUCAGCCGACCCAAAAAAAGGAGUGGGCAAACGCGGUCAACGAGGCCCUCUACAUUGGAACCAAUCCUCACAUCGCUCGACAUGCUCUCACCCUUCUGGUAAAGAAAAUCAAAUAUGCGCGCGGAAGCUUCCAAGCGUUCUUGCUUUUUCGGGAAACCUUGAGUUGCAACGAAGCCAGGUCUGACUUGCAAACCAAAAUCUUUGGGAGCUUACAACCCAAGCCGUUCCCUCAUCAAAUUUUAAUUUCUUUCUUGCUCUUCGGCACGCGAGGUCUGUUUGGAGCGCCAAUCAACAACCGGAACACCUUCACACCUGGGGUCUGUCUCAUGAGCGAGCUCAUGGCACUGAGAGAUUCUCCCCCUCCGGAGCCCAUCUGGAUCAACACCCAGCGCCUAAUCCUUCGGGCAAUCGUUAACGAAGACGAGGUCCUUGGUUCUGCCGAGUUGUCUGGCGUUUUGCGCGAAGACUUUUUAUCUUUCUGUUCUCUUCACUUGCCCAUCGUUCCUUCAUACCAUCAGCAGAUUGCCCAACUCCAACCUCCUGCCGAAGCGCCCAGUCCAACAGCCGUUUCCGAGAACGCCGCGCCACUCAAGGCGGUCUCGCAGGAUCCGUGCCGACUGGCCGAUGUGGGCGCUGCAAGUGAUGCAGGAUCUAUGGACGAGGUGGAACUGCCCUCCAAGCCUGCGGGGAUGGCUGAGCGCAAUGGAUUCGGUUUGAACAGACGUCCUGCUGGCGAGAUUGUGCCCUGA